CUCUAGAUCUAUAAAAGCAGUUCAACAGAUUCAUUGUUAUCAUUAUUGUUGGCAAUCUCACUUGAAAAAGAUGACUGAAGAUCCUGAAAUCCUACAGGAAAUUCUUGUUUGAAAAAGUGAAGAAAGUCACUCAGUUUGACUGACUGUGUCAAAUCCUGUCUGAAGGUCCAGAACAACCACCUGAUGUCCAAUCAUCAGUCAUUAACAUCCUUAUCUAGUCUGGUGAAUAAAGUAAACAAGAGUUUGUGGAGUAAUGCAUGAAGUUUACAAAGGGAAACAUGAAGAUUUCCAAUGACCCCAUUCAUGGUUCAAUUGAGCUUCAUCCUCUGCUGGUGAAGAUUAUUGAUACUCCUCAAUUUCAGAGACUCCGUCAUAUUAAACAACUGGGAGCAGGAUACUGGGUCUAUCCUGGAGCAUCACAUAAUCGCUUUGAACACUCCAUCGGGGUGGCACAUUUAGCGGAACGUCUGGUUAAGAGAUUCCAAGAGAAACAGCCAGAGCUCAACAUCACCAAUCGAGACAGCUUGUGUGUCCAAAUUGCUGGACUGUGCCAUGAUUUAGGUCACGGUCCAUUCUCUCAUUUGUAUGAUAACAUGUUCAUCCCAGAAGCCCAGCCCGGCUCCAAGUGGAAGCAUGAGGAUGCCUCAUUUAAAAUGCUUGAGCACAUGGUAGAAGAGAAUAAACUAAGAGAUGAGAUGAAAAAGUAUGACAUGAAUCCAGAUGAAGACCUUAAGUUUAUUAAGGAACUGAUUCUUGGGGUGGAUACUUCAGCAGAAAAGUGGCCAGAGAAAAGAGCCAGGACAGAAGAUAAGUCUUUCCUGUACGAGAUUGUGUCAAAUAAACGGAACGGCAUUGAUGUGGACAAAUGGGACUAUUUUGCACGAGACUGUCAUCAUCUUGGCAUUUCUAAGAGCUUUGACCAUGAACGCCUGCUGAAGCUUACACGUGUGUGUAAGGUGAAAAUAAAAGAACUUCAAAAGCAAAAGGUGGAAACACAAGAAACUGACAAGGAAAGGCUGUUGAUUUGCUUCAGGGACAAGGAGGCAGAUAACAUUUACGACAUGUUUCGCACUCGAUACACUCUGCAUCGCCAGGCGUACCAGCACAAGACUGUCAAUAUAAUUGAAAUCAUGAUUAAAGAAGCCCUCUUAUUUGCCGAUGACCACUUCAAGAUCUCAGCAGCCAAAGACGACAUGCCCGAGUACACCAAACUCACAGAUGCUAUUUUUGAGACGAUCUUGCACAUUGACAUUGAUUCCCUCCAACUUGAUAACACUGAGAAAAAGAAACUUCAGGAUGCCAAAGACAAAGUGGAAAAAAUUGUCAAAAGAGACCUUCCAAAGUUUGUUGGCGAGGCCAGACUUCCAGAAAGAGAAAUGCCACCGUCCCUACAGAAUAUACUUAAGGACAACUGGGUUAAAGCCAUGGAAAAGGAGACAAAGGAAGAUGCUGUUAAUCCUGAUGAUUAUGUGGUGGAUGUGGUUCAAAUGGAUAUUGGCAUGAAGGGUAAAAACCCCACUGACAACGUGUUCUUCUACAGUAAGUGGAAUCCCAAUGAAGCAUUCAAGAUGGACAAGAAAAAGAUGUCCAGUUUCCUUCCCGAGCGAUUCUAUGAAAAGCUUGUGAGAGUGUACUAUCGCGGCGGCACUGAUGAUAUCCUAAAGACAGCUAAGGAGUGCUUUAAGAACUGGAGUGAAAACAACUUUGGACUCUAAUAAUGAGGAUACGUCCCCAGAAGAGCAAAACUCCUAAUGUGAAGAUCGGCAUCCUCAUGAUAGAAAUAUUCAUUUGAAGAAGCAACUGAAUGAAAGACACACUAGUGCUAACACCACAUAUCUUAGAUGUGUGUUUUAAGAUGAAUAGAUUGGAUUGGGUUCAUUAGAAUAUACUGUAGAUGUAUCAUCAUAUCAGCACAGCUUUAGUAAAGUGUGUUUAAUGCUUGAUUUAUAUAAUAGGGAAUAAUGUUGGGCUCAGGUGUGUUUUUCGAAUAGUACUGUGUGAUAUCUUGGGAUUUAAAAAAAGAAACUGCACCUAUUUCCUGUCCUGUUCUAUGAAAAGAAAUGAAAGUCUGUGAUUUGAGGGAAAGUAAAACAUUCCUUUUCUGUUGGUGGUUGUUUUCUUCUCAUUUGGCUAUUAAAUGUCUUUAAAGGGUUUUAGUCACAGUGAAAUGAAAUAAAGCUUCAUCCAU